AUAAUAAAGGAUGAGAUAAUGGGAAGCAAGUAGAGAGAGAGAGAAAAAGAUAGAGAGAGAGAUGGAUAGAAACAGAGAAGGUAGAAGAGUACCCAUGUCUGCUGUCGGAAACGGCUUGUCACGGCGGAGACAUAGAGCCGGAAGCUUCAGAGACUCUCCAGAGGAUGAAGGUCCGGUGGAGUUACCGGAGGCGGCGAGGCUGAGAGAUCGUACGAAGAAGGAACGAGAUCGGGAACGUGAACACAGGGAGAGAGAUCGGUUACAUAGCCGGAGCAAAAGGAGAAGAGGCGAACAACGUUUGAUAAUGGCUCACGGUAAUUUAGACGACGACGACGACAGCUCGGAAGAGAGUGUCAACGACGAUGAAGAAUACGACGACGGCGGAGCCACGGCGAAGACGACGCUUCCUCCGGCGAAUAAUAUAUUCUCAUCGUCUCUUUCAAACAACCACCAGAGGAAACACUUUCCGCCGACGACGAAAAGUUUCAGAUCGCCACCGUCUCCGGCGGCGGCGCCGUCGUGGAAGGCGGCGGAUGAGAUGAUAGGCGUAGCGGUUCCUAGGAAAGCACGGUCAGCUUGUACAAAGAGACCGCAUGAGUCAUGGGCGUCUAAUGCUACUACUAACGGUGACCACAGGACGACGUCUCCAGCUAGAGUCUUAGCGUCUCCGUCACCACCACCUCCAGCUCCUACUUCUCCAUCUUCAUCCAAUACUAAAAGAAAGUUUGCUUCUGAUUUGAAGACAAAACAGAAGCCGCUCCCGCCGAAGAAGUUAUCAUCAUCAUCAUCAUCUCCGGUGGCUGUUCAAGACGAGAUUGAGAUUGAGAUCGCUGAGGUGUUGUACGGUAUGAUGAGGAUGCCGCCAACAUCUAAACAAGAAGAAGAAGAGGAAGCAGGUGGUGCCAAAACUACUGUAGAUGAUAUCAAAUCUUCCCCCAUCUCCAAUUCUCAGACUUCAACUCCUAAGAGAAAAAAGCCGAGGCAUGUCAAGUACGAUAACGACGAGAACAGUUCAAGCUUACCAUCAUCACGCGCCAUUAAGCCCGAGGCCGAACCUCCAUUGAAAAGUCAAGUUCCGUUAGGGGAUGAGCUAAUAAAGAGAUCAGGAUCCAGCUCGGUGUUGGAUUCGCCCAAUCCACAGCUCAGAGAAAGCAACGCCGCAUUAGAUUCGAGAUCAGCCGAGAAGAAAGUAGAUAAUAAUCUGUCGUCAAAAGAGGAGACUGUAUUGCCGCCGAAAGUGGAAUCUUGUUCUUCUUCAGGAGUUAGAUCUGAUGGUGAUGGAGCUAAACAAAGCUCGCCGGAGAAGGAGAAGUUUGAGAUAGAUCUGAUGGCGCCACCGCCGGUAAGAUUGUCAUCGGAGAGAGUCGGUGAGAUAGAAUGUGUGGCAGCAGAAGCGGAACCUAAAGUCACGGAAGUGGUGGAAACGGAAGCUAAGCCACUUCUAAAGGAAGAUGGAGAUAAGGCGACGAUUCUUGAGUCUGAGGAGAAGAAGAAGAGACCUAGAUCAGUGUCUGAAGCCGAACAACCUCAUAAGUCAGAGGGGAACUGUGAACUUAAACUCGACUUGGAUAAAUCUGAUCAAACGGGUAUAACAACGAACAAUCAUCAUGUUCAGAAACAGCCGCCACCACCGCAACAACAACAUUCUGUUCCAGAUAAAACUGCUCAAGUUAACUCAUUGCCUCUACAUAUGUCGAUGCCUGGCUGGCCUGGAGCUCUUCCUACAAUGGGAUAUAUGCCGUCUACACAAGGAGUUGUCCCUACGGAUACUAGCUCCUUAUCAUCUGCGGCCAUGCAGCCUCCUCCUCCUCUACUUUUUAACCAACCGAGGCCUAAGAGAUGUGCAACACACUGCUACAUCGCUCGAAACAUUCAAUCACAUCAGCAAUUCACCAAGAUGAAUCCUUUCUGGCCUGCAGCAAUUGGCUCAGCUCCGUUGUAUGGGACCAAGGCCUGCAAUCUCAGUCUCAUGCCUCCCACAGAACUACAGGGGACUGUUUUAGGAAGAAGUUCCAACCCAAUUCCAGAUGAAAACUCCCAAUCUACUUCUAAAAGCUCGGAUACAAGUCAGAGAAAUCAAAUACUGCUCCAACAAGCUCUGCCUCCCGGUGCAACUAAUAACAUCAUGCAUGGUCCUACAUUCAUUUUCCCCGUGGGCCAACAGCCUCAUGGAGCUGCUGCAAUAGCUGCCGUAUCUGUCAGACCUCCGAAUAGUUGCAACACAUCUUCUGGUGCGACAGCUAAUGCAACCUCAAUGAAUGGUUCUGCACCAACAAUGAGCUUCAGUUAUCCAGCCAUGCCGGGGAAUGAAACGCAAUACAUGGCCAUCUUGCAGAACAAUGGCUAUCCAUUUCCAGUCCCAGCACAUGUUGGUGCACCACCUGCUUAUAGAGGAGCUCCUGGGCAGCAGCCAAUACCAUUUUUUAAUGGUUCGUUCUAUUCCUCCUCCCAAAUGAUCCAGCCUCCUUUUUCUCAGCCACAGAAGCAGCAGCAAGCUGGUCAAAUGCUCCAGAGCCAUGCUCCAAGCAACCAGAAUGGAAGUGUCUCCUCUGGUUCCUCAGCAGCACAAAAACAUCUGCAGAACCAACAGCUGAGACCUCACGGGAGCUCUCAAGGAUAUCCAACUCAUAAAGUCCAAUCUCAGUCUUUGAGUUUCCAGCAAAGGCAGCAACCGAGAGAGAAUGCGACUCAACAUAGCGACGUUGUAGGAGAAGAUACCCCAUCAACCGCUGAUGGCCGGGGUUCUCGUUCCAAUCUUCCCCAUGGCCAAAACUAUGGUAUGCAGAUGCAACCAACUAACUUUGGUUUGAUGAGUUCAGCACCCCCAAGUGGUGGAGUGGUCGUAUCUUCCAGCAAUCAUGGUGAAAAGAAGUCACAACAGCAGGUUUCAAAGGCUGGUGCGGAAUCGUUUCAGCCCCAGGGCUAUGCUAUGACCUUCGCUACGUUCAAUGGAGCUAAUAGCGCUCCUUCCCUGAACAUGCCAUCAACCACGUUCCAGAGUAUUCCGGAAGCAGCAAGGCAAGGCUAUCAAAUGAUGGCAGCGAAUGUUACUACUCAGGCGACGCAGCAGAAAAUGAACUACAGUGCUCCUUUAGAAGGAAAAUCCGGCUCUAACGCUACUGCUAAGAGGAUGGAAGAACAAAGAAAAACAGAAGGAGGAGCUUCAGGGAAAACGAGUGGUGUGAAUGGUGGACAGUCUAUUGCUUUCUCUAGCAAACACGAGUUGGGUGAUGCAUCUGUUUCUGCUGUUCCGAGUGGUAGCAUCGUCGAUACAUCCCGUUUGCUCAACCUUGGUUCUGCUCAGCCACAGAGCUCCAGUUCUAUGCCGACGUCUCAUCAACAUCUGCAACAGAAGAUGAUGCAGCAGCAUAUGCAACAGCAGAAUCAGCACCUGCAGCAGCAGCAUAUGCAACGUAGUCAAUCUCAGGAACCUUAUAUGUAUCUCCAGAAGCAGCAACGGUAUGCAACUUCGGUCGCUGCUUCUUCUGCUAGAACCAAAGGGCCUGUGGCGAGUAAUGGGAGUGGUUUUGCUGCUGAUCACAAUAUCACCGUAUCACCAGCGGGAACCACCGCUAAAUUCCCAAAUGCCAGUUCAGGGUUUCCUCAAAACCUUAGCAGCAGUCAGGUGCAGUCUCCUCAGUGGAAAAACAACUCGCCCAGGACGACAAACACUUCCCAACCUCAGUCUCCUUCCGUACUUUCACCAUCAUCAUCUGUUGCUCCUUCGUCUGCCCCGAGAAACGUAUCGCAUAAACAGCAAAGCCGCCCGCAGCAGUCGCAGAUAUCUUUUGCAGCAAGUUCAAAACAUACAGCUUCUUCUGGUUCACCACUGCAGCAGGUGCAAGGAGGUACCAACAAUCAGGCUCCGUCUUCUCCCAUGUUAGUUGGGUCACCUUCUACGUCUUCGGUCUCCAAAAACACCGGCGGGAGCCCAAGAACAACUGCUCCGGCUUCUUCAGCGGUGAACAAAGCUGGACAAGCUUCCUCUACUACUCACUCAUCAUCUCAGCCGUCCAAGAACUUGCAGCCUGCGUCCAUAGCUGGAAGGAGUAAUGGUCUUUCAGUUCUUGGAAACCCCACCACGAGCUCUGGAUCCAAGUCCCAACAACAACAACAGUUGCCAAAGCAUGGGUUGCAGCAGCAGCAAGCGCAGCUAUUCUUUUCUAAGCCAUAUAUGCAAUCUCAACAGCAGCAGAUCACUAUGUCUCCUUCUGGUGGUUAUUACAUUCAAAGACAUCAGCAACAACCAGGUUCUGCAGCGUGUCCUCCAGCUGUUAGCACCACGGGAUCCGUUACUGCCACGUCAGAUCCAGCAAAAGCCAUGGUUGCAGCAGGAGGCAAUAACAUAAAAGGAGGGAAGACGCAGCAACAUCAGCUAGGGCCUCCGGGGUUCGGGCUUCCGUAUGUUCACGCGGUUCCCUCUGCAGUUCAAGUUAAACCUGUAGAUCAGAAGCAACAAUCGGGUGAGUGAAAGACCACCCCUUAAAAAAACCAUUUAUUAACUUUACAAAGUUAAGAAGCUCUGAAUGGUUUGAGAAGUGCCGGUGUAUAUAGCUUGUGCUGGCGAGACGGAAGCAAGAAACAGACGGAACAGAUCACUCACUAGGGAUAGACUUAGUGUUUAUAUUAUCCUGACAGGAACCAAACCGUUUCGAUUCCUAGGAAAAGAAAAAGAAAAUAUUUAUUCAUUCUUCUUGUGGAGGUUUGAGUGGUGUUUGGUGAUGAUUUUUAGUUAGUAAAAAGAAAAGAACAAGAGCUAACGAACGUUGUACUGAUGUGUUAUUGUGUUGGUGUUUCAUCAGUUAGUGGAUUAUGUAGUUUGUUAAUUUUUAGUUGGAUUUUGUAUGAAGCAUGAAACCGUAUGAUGAAUGUAUUGAUAUGUUAUCUGUCUA